GUCAUUGUCAAGGUCUCUCUCAGGGACACUGCAAUGAAAUCAGCAGGACACCCAGUUUUGAAUCUUGGGCAGACCCUGGAGUGGCUGAGGAGAGAGCUGUCUGAGAUGCAAAUCCAGGACCAGCAGCUCCUGCUCACACUGAGGCACCUCCACAGUGUCCUGGCGGAGCUGCGAACACCACGUACCCAGUGGGAGGAUGGCAGAUCCAGCAGGGGAACAUCUCCCAUCAGAGCACGGGCAGGCUCUGAAGGCAGGGGCUGCCAGCCAGUCUCCCACAGGAGGCUGGCUCAGCUCCUUGAAGGGGAAGAGAACAGAAGAAACUCCAUUCCUUAA